AUGCUUUCGCUUCUCGUCUCUGCCGAGCUUACAGGGGUCACCGACCUCCGGCCAAAGGACACGGAGGAAGAACCAUACUUCUACACCUUCAAGGUACAAUGCACUUCUUGCCGCGAGGUGCAUCCGAACUGGGUCAGCUUCAAUCGCUUUGAGCAACACGAGAUCCCCGGAAGUCGGGGCGAGGCCAACUUUGUGUGGAAAUGCAAGCUUUGCCAGAAAACCCAUUCCGCUUCGAUCGUCAACGGUCCGCAUGCCUAUGCGGGGGAUGAGAAGCGCAAGGGCACCAAAGUGAUCGAGAUCGACUGUCGUGGGCUGGAGUUUACGGAGUUCAAGCCUGAUGGAGAUUGGGAGGCGAAGGGGACUGAAUCUUCCACGCCUUUCACCGGUAUAGAUUUGUCCGAGGGAGAAUGGUAUGAUUAUGACGAGAAAGCCGGGGAGGAAGUCUCCAUUAAGGAAAUCAGCUGGGAGGUGGGAAGAGGUUGA